AUGGAAAACCGGACUGCAGCAGCAGAAGAGUUCAUCCUUGUAGGGUUUCAGAUUGGGUGGAAGGCAAAAAUUCUUGUCUCUGUGGGGGUGUCAUUCGCAUAUAUCUUGACGUUACUUGGUAAUGUAGUCAUUUUGUGUAUUGUCUGCCUUCAGAGAUGCCUACACACCCCCAUGUACUUCUUCCUCUGCAAUCUCUCUGUGCUGGACCUAUGUUUUGCAUCAGUGACUGUGCCAAAGAUGCUGCAGAACCUCCUCUCAGGGGAUAAAACCAUCUCCUUUGCUGGCUGCAUGGCUCAGUCCUACUUCUACUUCUUAAUGGGCACUGUGGAAUACUUCCUGUUGACCUCCAUGUCCUAUGACCGAUAUGCUGCCAUAUGCAACCCACUGCACUACCCCACUGUCAUGAAUGGCCGUGUCUGUGCUCAGAUGGUGCUGGGCUGCUGGCUGGGUGGGGUCCUUUCUGUCCUCUUUCCAACCAUCUUGAUCUCCAGGUUGCCCUACUGCCGUUCCAAGGUCAUCAACCAUUUCUUCUGUGAUUCUGGCCCCUUGCUGGAGCUGUCCUGCUCUGACACUCACAUUAUUGAGCUGAUGGACUUCCUGCUGUCAUCUGUUGUCAUUCUCUGUUCAUUAAGCCUAACAAUCAUCUCCUAUGCCUACAUAAUUUCCACCAUUCUCCACAUCCCCACUACUACUGGCCAAAGAAAAGCUUUUAACACUUGUGCCUCCCACCUAACCCUGUUCCUAAUGUCUUCUAGCAUCUCUAUCUUCAUGUAUGUAGUUCCAUCCCAGAAGUCCAUGUCAGAGAUACGCAAAAUACCUGCAGUGCUCAGCAGCAUAGUUAACCCUCUUCUCAGUCCCUUCAUAUACACCUUACGGAAUGACAUGGUCAAGAAGGUUUUCAAGGAAAAUUUUAUCCAGAGCAAAAAUCUUGUGUUUCCCAGCAUAUGA